UUCCAUUCAAUUUCUAUGUUUUCCAAAUUAUUACGAUUUUUUAUUUAUUAAUAUAAAAUUGAUUUUAAAUGUACGCAAUUCUUAAGUAAUUUAGAUGAGUUAACAAUUUGAAAAAAUACUAGAAAAGUGUGUAAUACAAAGUUAUCCAUGACUGCAUAAGAACCUAAACAUUGCUUAGAAAAUGGCACAAAGUUCACAUGGAGGCAGUCACAGAAGGAGCAGGGAUCACGAUGGCAUGUCAAUGCGUUACACAAACACAGAUUGGGAGGCGAAGGAAGCGCUAUACCAGCGAGAACUCGAUGAAGCCAGGGCUAGAGCCACUCAGAUGGAGAAAACUAUGAGGUGGUGGUCCGAUUGCACAGCUAAUUGGAGGGAGAAAUGGAGUAAGGUACGUAACGAACGUAAUAAAGCUAGAGAGGAGACCAAACAAUUGAAAAACAAAGUUGAUUGCUUAGCAAAAGAAGUGUCUAUAAUGAAAACUGAGAAAAAUGAACUAGAGCAGCAAGUCAUAGAAUUAAAGAGAGACAAUGAGAAAUUACUCAGUAUAAGUGAAAGUAGAAUUGUGUCCGGUGAUCUGAGCACGGAAGAAGGAGUCGAAUUAAGGAAAAAGAACAUUGGAUAUGUCUCCCCGAGUGAGGCUUCAUUGAAGCAAAGAGCCUCCCUAGAUUCUCACAAAUUGACAGGUGUCGAUAAUGCUCUUGCUAACAAAUUGAGUGAAAUGAGGUUAAAAUUAGAUGAAACUUUUAAGAGUUUGCAAAGUGAGAAGGAUCAGAAAGCAUUUUUAGUUUCGAAAAUAGAGUCUCUGACCUCUGAACUGCACAAUACGAAAAUGGAGCUUACUCAACAUGACAGAACAUUAGGAUCUACUGACUCUAGUCACAGUGAAGUAGAGAGAUUGCAGAACGAACUACAGGAUGAAAUAGCAGCUAAACAAGUUUUAGAAGAAAAAAUUGCUGAACUCAAAAUGGAAAUUGAACGACUGAAAUCUGAAAACAAUAUUCAAUGGAGUAAGAGGGAGCUUCUCGAAACUGAAAAUAUAGCCAUAUUGAGAGAGAACAAAAAACUUUACAGUCAAGUUUGCGAGUUAAGAGAACAGAUCCAUAAGCUGAAUAGGAUUUCAGACGGCAGCGCAUAUGGAAUGUCAUUUAACGAUCAUACCAAGUUGGAUUCAAAUGUCCUGUAUGUCAGAAAAACUAGCGCUAGUCCUAGAUCUCACGAGUCUAGUAAUGGUUCCUCAGAGGCAAACUUGGCUCACUUAGAAACAAAAACAAACACUUCUGGUGAAGAUGAUGAGCUAGCUAUAAUUGAAAGAAAUGAAAAUAAAUAAUAAU